GAGGUGGAGAUCAUCGUGGAGGAGCUGGAGCGAGGCAAGCACCUCCUCAUCAACCACUUCAACGCAGGCGUGCCCCUGGCCGCCAAGGCCGCUGCCUGGCACGACAUCCUACGCCGCGUCAAUGCCGUUGCCACCUGCCACCGUGAGCUGCCCGAGGUCAAGAAGAAAUGGUCCGACCUCAAGACUGAGGUGCGACGCAAAGUGGCCCAAGUCCGGGCUGCCAUGGAAGGUGGAGGCGAGAGCCAGAAUGGCAACGGCAAUGGGCCAGAGAACGAAGACCCAACAGGCACUGCAGCUGCCCCAGUUAUCCUCACCCCCAUGCAGCAACGUAUCUGCAACCUGCUGGGAGAAGCCACCAUCAUCAGUUUGCCGACUGGGGACUGCAGCGCAGGUGACGGGACCGAGAUACCCAUCACCGCGUCAGCCACCACGGUCACCCUGACACAGAUUCCUGCGGAGACGACCUACCACAGUCUGGAGGAUGGAGUCGUGGAGUACUGCACAACAGAAGCCCCCACCACAGUCACCACCGAAGCACCCUUGGAGAUGAUGGCGCAUCAACACGAAGUGUCUGCAAAACCCCAGGAGCUGAAAAGCCGAAUUGCCCUGAACUCAGCCAAGCUUUUGCAGGAGCAGCGAGUGACCAACUUGCACGUGAAGGAGAUUGCCCAGCACCUGGAGCAGCAGAAUGAUUUGCUGCAGAUGAUACGUCGCUCUCAGGAGGUACAGGCGUGCGCCCAGGAGCGACAGGCACAGGCCAUGGAAGGAACACAGGCGGCACUGAGUGCCCUCAUACAGGUCCUCCGCCCCAUGAUUAAGGACUUCCGUCGAUUUUUGCAGAGCAAUACGCCCAGUCCAUCGGUCACCACUGACCCCAGUCAGACGGGGCAGCAAGAUGGCAUGAUCCAGUGAAAGAAACAGCGAUGGGAAUGUCUUUCUUGGAAAAAACCCGCCCAUGCUGCCAGUGGACACAGGCAGCGAGGGAUGCUAGCUCUUGUCAGUGUGAAAUGGGUCGCCUUGGAGUCUUGCUGAGCCUAAACAGCUUUCUCUUCUAAUCGUAUGCUAAUCUGCCUUUUCAGACUCGUCAUACA